AUGAUGUUAUGUAGAUUUAUCCAGUUAUGCAUUGGAAUAGUGAUGGUCUGUCUUAUCCGCGUGGAAUGUUCCUGUCCAUCCCAGUGCUGGUGUUCCAAUGUAUCCGCCAUAUGUCGCCCUAGCCUCACAAGAUUUCCAAGCAACCUGCCGUCAGAAAUAUCUACCCUUUCCGUAAACGGUAUGUUUUCUAAGCGAAACAACAUAACAAGUAUUCAGACUUCAUAUUUUUCUUCGUUUCUAAAUCUUAAAAGACUUUACAUGACUUUCGGUAACGUCAAUGAAAUUCCGGACGGUGCUUUCCCGACAACACUUCUGAUAUUGGAUAUUUCGUUCAAUAAAAUCAUGAACAUUUCAGAGGGGACCUUCAGUGCUCAAACUCGUCUCAGACAUCUUCAUUUAUCUGGUAACACGGGAGUGACUAUUUCCAAAUCUGCGUUUAGUGGUUUGACAAUGCUGACGGAACUGUAUAUGGCAGAAAUGAACUUAUCUGUAUUAGAUAUACAUUUGUUUCGAUCGUUAUACAUGCUGAAAAAGCUGGAUAUCCACGGAAAUAUAAUUAGGAGCUUAGACUGGUCUUUUACAAAAAUAGCAAAUGAACUCUCUUAUAUUGAUAUAUCAGGAAAUUUGUUCACAGUUCUAUCGAAUACUAGUGUUAUGGGUCUACGAAAGAUAAAAACUAUAGAGUUGGAGAUUAAUCCUUGGCGUUGUACUUGUGCUUUGGAAUGGAUCAAGAUGUUACCCUCUCCAAAACCAGAACAGGUGGUCUGUAGUUCUCCUGACUCAUUGAAAUAUCAAUCAAUUAUAAAUGUUCCGUCGUCGAAGUUGAUCUGCGUACCUGCAAGUGUAAGAUGCACUUCAUACUCUUUCAUUGGAGCGUAUCACACACAGGUGAACAUAUCCUGUACCUAUGGUGGUGAUCCAUUUCCAGAUGUCAUUUGGACAAGACCUGAUGGAACCAAACUGCAAUAUUACAACUACGAUCAUCCAAAUUAUUAUGUUUCCGAACGCGGUGUGCUGACCAUAAAGUCUUUGAGUGUUGUUGACGAUGGUGUGUGGAAGUUACAGGUAAAUAAUAUCAAGAAACAGAAUGUGAAAUCUCUGCGACUCACUGUUACAGAUAUACCCACCACCACUGCUGUGUCCCCUACAGUCAACACGACUCGACAGCCAGUACGGACAACUUCUAACAGGUCAACGCCGACUACCAAGUUAAUCACUACCCAGUUUUACACUAUAACCUAUCAACAGCCGCCUACAACAUCUAGCCGUGUACAAGACAACAAAACCAGUCCUGUCGUUGUAUGUGUAUCGGUCGUUCCUUUGUUUGAGGUCUGUUCAUGUCUCUCACAAAGGGAAAUAUUUUGGAAAGGGGCUUUCACCAGCGUGAUUGUGUCAGUGAUUUUUGUGGCAGUGAUUAUUGAUUAUGAAGUGGACUCUGUGAUGUACGAUUUUGAUUGA